UUCUCAUUUCAUUAUCAACCGAUUUGUUUAGCUUUUGCUUCUUGUUGUUUCAAAGUGGAUAAUUUGUUAAAUAGUUUCAUUAAUCAAACGAAAAUAUCUCAAUUCUCCUGCGCUACCGAAUUUAAACCAAUGGAUUAUCGUUCGCUUGUAGUGCACGUGACAUCCUAAGAGCAGAGAGAUGUUUCGAACGCACAGCUUCCGGUUAGACAGGAACAAGCCGAUUUAAUGCAUAUAACCUGGUCCUGAUCAGACAGCUGAAGGAAAAGACAGAAGCAUUCAGUAUCAUCACCCUCAUCCAAAAUAUGAAAAUCAUUUCUGAACAGUAGCUUGUUUCACAUGCGAGACUUUCAGGAGAUAAGGCACCCGAAGUCGUGAUGGAUUUUGAACAAGACCCGGUGACUUCAGCUCAGACAGUAUUCCUCUUUUCCUUUUCGGUGUUGACCGCGGUUUUAAAUUCCCUGGUGAUAAUAACAAUCUGGAAAGAUCCAUUCAAGCAGCUUAAAGGAACAGCCAACAGUCUCAUCCUAAAUCUGGCUGUUUGUGAUCUACUCAUGGGUUUUCCAACAGAGUUACUUUUUGCUAUUCUUCACUGGUUUCCUGGUAAUAAGGAUGUCAUCAAGGCAGGGUACGUCACGAUGUAUCUUGCUAUUUGUGCUUCAUUUCUUACAAUCCUGGGCCUGGCAGUUGAAAGACUUAUCGUCAUAUCAUCCGGUAAGAAUGAAGAUUCCUCGGCGACGAGUUAUCACGCCAUAGGCAUCAUGUCCAUCUGGCUUCUCGCUGGGCUAACAGCCUCCCUUCCUUUACUCGGGUGGAACUCACUUAAUAGUUAUAGAAUGUUUAUCAUAGAUGCUAUCGGAGUUCCUGUAUUGAUACUAUUAUUUGCUUGCUACACACGGAUCUUUCUGCUGGUCAGAAAACAGCUGCGCCGACAUUUUGGAACAGGUGAUCAAAGAAGGGAGUUGCAUCCUCUAACAGCAAACAGUCAACGAAUGGAAAGACUUAAAAGGAAAGAGAGGAGCGUGGCUCUCUCUGUAUUUGUACUCAUUGGUUUAUUUACCUUAUGCUGGAGUCCGCUUUUCGUUGUGGAAAAUAUCAGAGAGUGUUGUGAUCACGAAGACUGCAUUCCCAGUAAAAUUAUCGUAAUAUUCCAAUGCUUGAUAUUUGCACAUCCAUUGGCCAAUCCUAUCGCUUACGCUCUACGUACGGUAAAAUUUCGACGCGCACUUAAGAGAAUUUUCAGACGCACCGACAAUAAUUGAUUGUUUAGACCAAAGAACAACUUAGAAGGCUGUGUAACUCUUUAACACGGACAACUCUUUCGUUAUUUAGUUUACCAAAACUUACCUUACUGAUGCCCCCAUCAUUCACACCCGAAAAAUAUGUUUAGUUUAAUCAGGUUUGACCGGAAAAAAAGGCAACCGAAAAGAAAGAGACCGAAUUUUAUUUAGGUUCAAGUAAUCACCAGCUUUUAUUUUGUCUUAGUGUGGAUAUCUUUAAAACCCGUUACUUACCGAGAUAUGUGAGGGUACUAUUGCUUUGUUUUCGGAAACUUUCACAACAAUAAAACCUUUACUUAUACUUACACUU